AUGCCUUCGCUCGUCAAUCUAUCGCUCUCACUCAAUUCUCUAAACAUUGUGAUUUCUUGUGUUAAUGGCUUCAGAGGAGAAAUCCCAAUUUCACUUGCAAAGCUGCACAGGCUUCGGCAGCUUAGCCUCGGAUCGAACUUUUUGACGGGAGGAGUUGAUCCGAUCAUCGGCACUAUGUCCAAUCUUCAGGGUAUUGCUCAUGCCCUAGCUUACCUCCACCAUGACUGCAAACCUCCAAUCCUCCACCGCGACAUCACGGUGAACAACAUCUUGUUGGACUCUGAUUUCCAGCCUCGGAUCUCUGAUUUCGGAACGACGAAGUUGCUCGAUCCUGGAUCGACGAACUGGACCACAGUUGCAGGCACUUAUGGCUACAUGGCACCUGAGAAAUGCGACGUGUAUAGCUUCGGAGUGGUGGCGUUGGAGGUGAUGAUGGGGAAGCACCCAGGGGAUCUGUUAUUGUCGCUGCCAUUGUUGUCGGGGAAGGACAUAGUGGUGAAGGAAAUGCUGGACCAGAGGCUGACGCCGCCGACCG